GAUCACUCAUUAACGUUUCACAGGAAUACUGCGUACAAACACAGAGGAUAGGAGUAAGAAAUACGCGAUAUAAAUCUCAUUGAAUCGACAUAAAAAGGGACUUACAAAACCAGGACCGGUUUAUUUCGAUUUAUAGAAGUGAUUCACUUCGGAAACUGAUAACAACUUUAGGCAUCGGAGCUAUAUUUUGAAGAGAAGAUGUUGAAAGUUUACCUCAUGCUGGUGGUUUUGUCUGGGGCUGCUGCUGUUUUCGCUGAAUCGGUACGAGAAACCGAAACCUGGGUACCUCUGAAAAACGAGUCGCCCCAUGAGGAUCUGGAGUCUUCUGGAGACUUUGAGUUUGCUGAAUUUAAACCAGCUGAUGAUGAGGAUGGUGAUGAUGGUUCUGGCUCUGGGUUUGAAGAGUCGACCAUAGAAAGCGAGACUAGUAACUUGAACAAUCAGAUCCCUGAAUAUGAGCAUCCAUCUACACCGAGGCCAACUGUCAAUAACGAUAUUCUGGUUAAACUCAAUGAGGUUGGCCGUCGUGGAGGAUCAAUGCCAGACGAUGACCAGCCCGGCAAUGUGCUCAUGACGCAUGCUGGAGAAGACUCCUUUUUCAACAAUACAGAGGUGCUUGCAGCCAUUAUUGCGGGCGCAGCAGUUGGUCUGGUGUUUGCCAUCCUCCUCAUCGUCCUGCUGGUUCACUUCGUUCUCCGCAUCAAGAAGAAAGACGAAGGAAGUUACGACCUGGGCAAGACGCCCAUCUACAAGAAAGCUCCUACCACAGAAAUCUACGCAUGAGCAUCCUCACCCUCACAUACCUUCUCUCUCUCUCUUUUGAACUAUAAGCUCACACAGUGCCUCGGCCCAACAGGCCGCCGCCAACCUCACGUACCACAAAAACCGCUGAAGGACCUCACACGAAUUAUUCACUCUGACUGGACAUUUGUAUUAAAAUCUUAAAGUGACUCGGAGGGGAUAGCGUCUUUUGCCAAACCCGUUUGAUUCAAAAGAUGUUCUUGUCUUUUUGUUCUCUCACACUUACUGCCUUUAACCAUGUGGCCCAUUGUGUCCAUUCUUCUUUUUUUUUUUUCUUUUUUUUUUUUAUAAAUAAAACACUAAAAGGUGCAGUGGAUCCAAUCAAAGGUAAAAGUCUUUGGAUUGACCAUUGAAGCAGCCGUUAUGAAAAACAGUCAAUGUCACAAUUGGUGUUACAGAAGGGAUGGUUACUGUAGCCUCUUACGUUAUCAGAUGUCUUUUGUUUUUAAAUCGGUGUGCUGUAAAACUUUUCUUUCCUUAGUAAAAGAUUCAAGGUGGAAGCAAUUUGAGGGCAUGCAGUAUAUGUUCGAAACUAAAUUCUGUGAGAAUAAAACCUGAAAUCAGUGUGCUAUACGAAUGUAUACUCAUUUCAACCAUGGUGUUAUGGUACAUUCCUUGUUUCUGUAUGUCAUUGUUGUGGUGGUUUUGUGCGACGAGGAACUCGAUCCACUACAGUGCUGCUUGACUGUCAGCUAAGCUACUUUAACAGGUACCGAUGUUGUUGAUUGAGAAUCAUUUCACUGCAAACAGACUUUGUACAUCCAGGGAUCUGUAUAUAGCCAUUUGAAUAAAAGUUAAACUUUGGUACUUA